AGUUGUUCAUUUCUUGCCCUAGCGUCACAUCGCUGCAUCCCGUUCCUUAUCACCCGCAUGAUCUCCGAAGAACAUUAACCCUUAUCUUACCCACACCCUAGUUCGCGCCGCAAAGAAUGGGUCUCAUGUUGUCUAUUGUGAUAUCAUACGCGGGUAUACGCGACGCUAUCGAAUGCUUGAAGCACAUUAUCAGAGGUGUCGUGCCUGAUGACGAACCAAACUUUCAAGAUCUUGUCGAAUACUACUCAAUGCUCCUACGAAAGUCGGCCAAUCCGUCGUCGCCUGGAGAAUGGUUAAAGGAAUGCGGUCAAGGAUAUCUAUGCCUAACGGAAGAUAAAAAUGGAUCACUAAAAUCCGCCGCUGUUAAGUACUACGGGCAAACGCGUUCAGCGGCUAUUUUGUUCUCGACAAAAAUCUCUAGUUUUGGACAAGAAUCAAUCGAAGAGAAUUCCCAGGCAAACGGAGACUGUAGAACGGAGAAAUAUACGCCGACUAAAACUAAAACAAUUAUAUCGAAUAGUUCCGAGUCCUUCAGCAUAGGGCCAAGGAAUAAACUAAAUACGCCCCAAAACACCAUAGAAUCGAAUAAUUCUGAUAACUCCGUUGAAAACGAGCACAACGCAGAUGAUUCUGCUGAAAACAAAGAAAAAUUAUCGUGGCAUUACAAGCCUCUAAGUCCGGCACGGAAGCCACUACCGGAAAUACACUUCCAAUCAUACGAUGCAGACAGGGCGGACAGCACUGGUUACAGCGAAGAAUUUUUAAGAUCACUUGAUGGAAUUAAGUUCCGUCCUUUACAACGAAAUGACCCAAGUUGGCGUCGCAGAAGUUUCAGAAAGCGUCAUUCUUCCUCUUCUAAUUCAUCAAGAGAUUCCAGAGCAUCGCGUGAUGAAGAAUUGAAAAUGUUCACGUCGCUCGAAGAGGAAGAAUUUAAAAAGAUGAAUGAAAACGACAACUUUGGGAGGUUUGGAAGCACGCCUAAUUUAUCGACGCGUUCUUAUUCCAGAAGUCGAUCGAGGGAGAAGUCAAGGGAAAAGAAAAGUGAAAGGUGGAGCAUAGAAGAGACUGUUGAUGACGCGCAAGAGGAAGAAAAUACAGAAACUAAACCGAAGCUUAAAGAUCUACCAAAAUUGGACUCGUUCGUGGAGGAGAAAGAUGAAACCAAAGAGCCCAAUGAGCUCAUUUUCAGCGGCGAAUACACGAAGGCGAUGAACAAGGAUUGGCACAGCGGUCACUUCUGCUGCUGGCAGUGUGAUGAGUCGCUGACUGGCCAGCGGUACGUGCUACGCGAUGAGCACCCCUACUGCAUCAAGUGCUACGAGAGCGCUUUCGCCAACGGCUGCGAGGAGUGCAACAAGAUCAUUGGAAUCGACUCCAAGGACUUGUCAUACAAGGACAAGCACUGGCACGAAGCCUGCUUCCUGUGCGCCAAGUGCCGCGUUUCACUGGUGGACAAGCAGUUUGGCUCCAAGCUCGACAAGAUCUACUGCGGCAACUGCUAUGACGCCCAGUUCGCCAGCCGGUGCGAUGGAUGCGGCGAGGUGUUCCGUGCUGGUACCAAGAAGAUGGAGUACAAGACGAGGCAGUGGCACGAGAAGUGCUUUUGCUGCGUAGUGUGCAAGAACCCCAUCGGCACCAAGAGCUUCAUCCCGCGCGAGCAGGAGAUCUACUGCGCCGGCUGCUACGAGGACAAGUUCGCCACGCGCUGCGUUAAGUGCAACAAGAUAAUCACGCAAGGCGGCGUUACCUAUAAAAACGAGCCGUGGCACCGCGAGUGCUUCACGUGCACGCACUGCAACACGUCGCUGGCUGGCCAGCGCUUCACUUCGCGCGACGAGAAGCCGUACUGCGCGGAGUGCUUCGGAGAACUCUUCGCCAAGCGGUGCACCUCGUGCAGCAAGCCCAUCACUGGUAUCGGCGGCACUCGCUUCAUCUCAUUCGAGGACCGACACUGGCACAAUGACUGCUUCAUCUGCGCGCAGUGCAAGACCUCGCUCGUGGGCAAGGGCUUCAUCACCGACGGACAGGACAUCAUCUGCCCGGAGUGCGCCAAGCAGAAGCUCAUCGACACAACAGUUCUACCGUUAGUCGUUACAGCGAGAAACUGGUGCACACUCGAUGAGUAAGGAAAGCCGGGCGAAGCUCUUUACGACAUCGCGGCCAAAACCGAUUUCCGCAUAGUCAACCCUAAAUAACAUGUUGACGAUAUUUUUAUAAAAAAAAUACGAAAAUCACAAAAAAAAAGUGGAUGCACAAAUAAAGUAUUUAAUUUCGCUUUUUUAUUUAAGUUGUUUAUAUAUUUUGGUUGUUUAACUUUUGUUACUAAUUUAGAAAACAUCCACGGAGUCUGUAAUCAUGUUUAUAUAGUAACGAACGCUAAUCGCCGUAUUAUAUUAUCGCUUUGGCUGUUGUCUUAGAACUAUAGGUAUUUUUAUAUUGUCAAUUUGUCUAGUGCAAUUCACACGUUGCCUUAAUAACAUAUCUAAGUCAAUUUCGAGAAUAUAUAUUUUGUUUAAUAAUCAUUAUCAUAAAUAAAAGAUUUACAACACCGACGGACAGUCGCGUGGUCUAUUUUCAUCGUUUAUUGCUAGAUUUAAUCCCCACCCGGAGUGGUGGGGGGUGUGUCAUUGAUUAUGCGUAACAUUGUAUAACUGUAAGAAAUUUUAAACAUAGUAUGCCUAUAUUUAAGUAUUUAUUUUUUAUGAGAAACGCACUUAUUACACAAGGGGUGGUCGGCGGUGUUGCCAUGUAAGAGCGCAUUGAGUCUUGUAGUGUUGCCAUAUGUACCGCCGGCUGGUAGCUUCCUAACACUAAACCUUUAAGCGACAUAACGUCAUCUAGUUUUUACUAAUGAAAUAUUAAUAAAUAAACUAUUUUUGUUCUUGAAUAAGAAUUCGUUACAAUAAUGUAAUUGAAUGUUAUCGAUAUUUUUACAUUAUAAUAAUAUUUUUAGUGUUAGAGAUAAGUGAAUACCAUCUGUGUUUUGAGACGACCACGAAGUGUUUGGGGAUCACUUUAUAAGGGUUAUUUGUUAAGGGUUAAAUUAUUCAAAUGUUGAUGAAAGUAUAUUUAUAAUAAUGUGUAAACAUAUAAACUGCUUAGCUGUGUGAUCUGAUCUAAUUAAUAUUUGUAUCUAUCUACCCAUAGAUUGUAUAAAUUAUGAAACUGAAAUAAAACUAUUAAAAGUAACUG